UCCAGAUAAUUUCUCUACGCUACUCUCUCUCACCUUUCCUCCGGCGAAGAUGGAGGUUUCCGGCACGGUGAUCCGGCAAUCUGUUAUUAGUUUCACAAGGGGUGUCGGUGAGACCUUCCCUUUUAGCGAUAAGAGUAGGGCUAGGGCUCGCCAGAGGACAGCGGUGGUGGUGAGGCCGUGGUCCGAUGACAGACACCGAUUGUACUACUCGUCGCCGGUUAGGUGUGGCGCCUCUAGAGAUGCAAAAAGGAAGGAGGAGAAGAAGAGGACCGCUUUGGUGACGGAGCUGUCUAGAAAUCUGGCGGCGCUUUAUUCUACGAGUUUGGGGAUGGACGGCGAAGAGAUUUCCGGUGAUGUCAGGGCCAACAUGAUAAUUGAAGCAGCAGAACUCCUGUCAGCACAACUCAACCAACAGAAAGCGAAAGAGAAGGAGAUGAAGAAAAGGAUGAAAGCAGAGAAAGAAGCCAUGAAAGCUGCAAAGAUGCGUAACUGUGCAGAAAUGUCUUCCUCCUCAAGCUCUUCAUCUGAAUCCAGCGACAGUGAGUGUGAAGAACUUAUGGUGUCAAAUAAACCAAAGAAACAUCUCCAGGAGGAAAUUAAAACGAACAUCUUGUGUCUUCCUCAUCAGCCAUCUCCAAUUGUUGAAGCAGAUGAGAAAACUGAACUAAAUUAUACCGAAUUGAAGAUGGAAUCAGAGCUCAAUAGUAGUAAUUGCAUGAAAAGUGCUGUCGCAGUUGUUAGUUGCAGUGACAUUAUAACAGCAGCUACAAAACCAUUGGAUAAAAUCGAGGUGUGCAUGGGUGGAAAAUGCAAGAAAUCCGGUGCCAUGGAUCUGUUGCAGGAAUUUGAGAAGAAGGUGGGCAAAGAAGGCGCUGUAGUUGGCUGUAAGUGUAUGGGGAAAUGCAAGGAGGGACCGAAUGUUCGAAUUGUGACUCAUUGCGGCUCAAAGGACGAGCUCUUGGAAGUUUCUAAGAAGCCUCUGUGCAUUGGUGUUGGUUUAGAGGAUGUAGGCGCCAUUGUGGCCAAUUUCUUGGGCGAUAACAACGUGGAUUUGGGUUUUCUUGCUGCUUAGAAAAUCGGAUUACAUAAUAAGCCUUUUGCCUUUUCCUUUGGUUUGUUUUGUAAAUGUUUGAUUGUCAGGACCGUCUGUUGUUUAGAGAUUUUUUUUAUUCGUGUUAACUAUAUAAUUUAAUAACAAUAUAGAAAUAUAAGCUUUUCAGAAA